UUGAUAUAUGCUCUUCAAAUAAGACUACACUGGAUUCUCGGCACAUGGUAUACGUUAUAACUUAGAAUCAUAGAUUUGUAUUCAAGUGGAACAGAACUUCAAAUUAUGUUGUUGUAAGAGUUGCAUAGUAUUUUUUUUGCAAUGACACUUUUUGUUUGGGAGAAUUUAUUGAUGUCGGUAGAUCAUGUUGUUGUAACCUUUACUAAUAAUUUGCAAACUUUCUAUAGAGUUUAAAUGAUAUGCUAAGUAAAACACGCAAAGGUUUGGCUUGGGGAAUUUGAUGUCUCAUUUCCGUAUGAUUUCGCCCCGAAUUCUUUGUGUAAUUGUGAUCAUUUUCAUGAUUAUUUUGUUGUUUUUGACUUGAUUUUAUGCAUGAUUCUGAAGUUUUGUGUUUCAUGGUGUCUUGUUUGCAAAAGAGCUAUUUAAGAGAGGAAAUCGACGUAUUGAUAGCUGGUCAAUAGAAUGCACAUAUCGCUCACAAUCUUCUCACUUUGUUACAGAUUCAUAUCCCCAAUUCAAAUAAUGGUUCACAAGAAUUUUCCCCUUUCUUACACAAUUUGUAUCUGUAGGACAAUGUCAACUUACAUGACUGAGCAACGAUUAGGGUCAACUGGUCAAAGUUUUGGAAUGAUUCCACAUUCAAAUGUAAGUGUGUGUACCAAAAUGAUCACAAAUUACACAAAAUAUGGUAGGCUUAGAGAUGCACUCCACCUGUUCGACCAAAUGCCUAUAAGAGAUACAAUAGCUUGGAAUUCUAUUAUUAAAGGGUGUUUAGAUUGUGAUAAUAUGACUAUGGCGAGAAUGUUUUUUAAUGAAAUGCCUGACAGAAAUGUUGUUUCUUGGACCACGAUGAUAAAUGGGUAUAUGCAGUUUGGCAAAGUAGAGGUGGCUGAAGGAUUGUUUAAAGAAAUGCCUUUUAAAGAUGUUGCUGUUUGGAAUUCUAUGAUUCAUGGGUAUUUUAUUAAUGGUAGAGUUACUGAUGCUGUUAAGAUGUUUGAAGAUAUGCCUUUUAGGAAUAUUGUUUCUUGGACUUCCAUGAUUAGUGGGCUUGAUCAAAAUGGGAGAAGUGCUGAUGCCUUAAGAAUAUUCAAGCAGAUGGUUAGCUGUGGGAUUGAGACCACAGCGACUAUGUUUUCGUGUUUGAUUACAGCUUGUGCCAAUUCAAUGGCUGUUGAGCUUGGUACACAGAUUCAUGCCCGCAUUGUCAAGCUGGGGUGCAUUGUCGAAGAAUUUAUAUCUUCUUCUUUAAUAACAUUCUACGCAAAUUGUAAACAACCGGAAAUUUCUAGAAAGAUCUUUAUGGAAAAUGUGCAUUAUAGUGUAGUUGUGUGGACAUCCCUCCUAACGGGUUAUAGUUUGAACUCCAAGUACGAUCAAGCAUUGACUGUAUUUAGUGACAUGACGAAAAUGGGUAUUUUUCCUAAUGAGUCUUCCUUCACUAGUGUGUUAAAUUUGUGCUGUUCACUAAUGUCUCUUGGUAAAGGACAAAUCGUCCAUGCGGAAGUCAUCAAACUGGGAUUUGAGGCUUCGGCAUUUGUGGGAAAUUCACUUGUAACUUUGUAUUCUAGAUGUGGAAAUAUUGAGGAUGCAAUCAAAGCAUUUAAAAGAAUAAAAGUGAAAAACCUCGUCACCUGGAACUCGAUUAUUGUUGGUAGUGCACAGCAUGGGCGUGCUCUCUGGGCAUUUAUUUUGUUCGCACAGAUUCUACGUGCUGGUGUGGAACCUGAUGAAAUUACCUUAACAGGCUUGCUUUAUGCUAUUGAUCAUUCUGGCAUGUUCUUGAAAGGGAGGCAAUUUUUUCUGUAUUUCAGAAAGUAUACUUCAAUAAAAUUGAAUGUUCAGCAUUAUGGUUGCAUGGUGGAUAUCUUGUGCCGUUCUGGAGAAUUAGUUGAAGCAGAAGAAUUUAUCAAUACUAUGCCGAUAAAAGCAAACUCGCUAAUGCUGUUAAAUCUACUUGGUGCAUGUAGAACACACUCUAAUAUCGAAAUAGCUGAGAGAGUGUCGAAGUAUAUACUUGAUCUUGAUCCACAUUGUAAUGCAGCUCAUACUAUAUUAUCGAAUAUAUAUGCUUCAGCUGAACGAUGGAAUGAUGUUUCAAGAGUAAGAUUGCAGAUGAAAAGCAGAAAAAUAGAAACACAAGAAGGAUGUAGCUGGCUGAAUGAAGGAGGAUAACGGCGUGAUUUCUUUUCUGAUCAAAAUUCCCUUACUACUGAAAACUGCAGAAAACCCUACUGUUUGUCAUGAAAAUUGCACCGUCGUCUGCGUGAAUACAGGCUUACAACUCCCAUCUGAAAGAUUGCAAGAGAAUUCAGAUGAUGGCGCGCAGCACUUUUGCUUAGUAGAGGAUGUCACUGACAGGAAACUUUUGGACCUCAGCACCAGAGUCAUUCAGCCGUUCCCAUGUACCAAUUGUUUGUUUUCAGCUUAAACGGUGUCAUAAUCAGAUAUAGGAUUGUUGAGCUGAUAAUCGCUGCAAGACAUUCCUGUUUUUUCGUUCUUCAGGAUUCAGGUUUUAUUUGUGAUCAUUGUAAGAAAGAUGAGUGCACUGUGUUAUUUGGGUAUGUUCAGUUCAGAGGGUGAUCCAUACAAUAAUAUGAUCACUAGAUAAAGUAUGGUAGCCUUGUAAGGAUGUAGCUGGUUGAUCACUCAGGAAAGCAGCUAAGGAGGGAAAAGACUAUUGCCAAUGGUUGAUCCAGAUUUGUACUUUUUAUGACAAUUGUUCUUUUGUCGGCGUUUAAGGAUAAAGUUCGAUGCUUUGCGUGCAAAACGCCAGCUAAACUAGUAUGCAAUUCAGAAACUCGGUAUCAGUUCGUACUUAACAAACUGAUUAGCUGUAGUUGUGAAUUGUGAUAAGUACUAUGAUUUCUUGACUUACUGUUGAUGAUCUCAUCGUCAGGUGUAGCAUACUUUCCUCUUGCCAAAGUAAACCAUCCCUCUUGUAAAAGCUGUCAAUCAACCCACAACUUCUUGAUUCUUGAUGGGAAAUAGUUGCUAUGUAUAUUGGUUCAAAUUACUUUUCCUAGAGCAAAUUUUGAAGAAAUUGAUUGUUGUGGGUGUUUCAAAGGCAGGAUGAUGUGCUUAAUUGCUGCUAGUUAUGAUUUUGAUUAUCCUAAAUAGGUCAUGGCUGGAGUUGUGCAUUUGGUUAUUUUUUGGUGUUUGGUUCGCUUGUAAUUCGGUUCGGUUGUAAUUCAGUCAUUUAGUUAGGUUGAACUUUAGGAUUAAUUCGAAGUCAGCAUCGGGGGUCAUAGUUGGUUAUAAUUCAGAUUUUGCUCGGUUUAAGAUUUAGUUUUGGGUUUGCGUUUCCUAUUUAAAUUGGGUUGAAUAUAGGUUUGAAUUUUGUUCGGUUAACUGGAUAAGAAUGAACUCAGUUGGUUAUCGUUUUAGCAUAAUAAUAAAAACAUUAUGCUUGACAAAUACACUUUAUAUAAUA